ACCUCCCUCGCACAAUUAGUAGCUUCAUCACACCCAGCUCCCCUCACCACUCUCUCACUCUCCACACACAGAGCCAAAUCCAAGAACAAGAAGAUCGGCAGUGGCGUAGCCAGUGGCGGCUGGUUCCGAAUUCCGAUGGAGAAGUGCAGGUCGGUGCCGCACGAGCACUCGUCGGCGUACUACGGCAGGUACGACUACGAGGACGUCGGCGGCCAGGGCGCCGACAAGUCGUACAGCUUCAACGGGCCGAGCGCCCGCGACGACCCGGAGGCGAAGCGGCGGCGGAGGGUGGCGGCGUACAACGUGUUCGCGACGCAGGGCCGGAUCAAGUCCACCGUCCGCGGCAGCGUCAAGUGGCUCAAGUCCAAGUUCUCCGACGUCCGCUACGGUGGCCUCUGAACCUCCUGCUUCACCAUAUGCAUGAUCGGUGCUCAUGUGCAUAUGCAUGCCGAAUUAUAUGUGUGCUAGCUACAUACGUGCAUGGCCAAGUGUAUGUACAUGCCAUGUUUAUGCAUGUUCGCAUGUAUGAACUCUGUGUGUGUAUGUGUGAUCUUAAGUUAGAUCGGUCUAUGUGUUUUUUGUUUGCUUUGUGAGGAACGGAGAGAGAAAUUAAGAAAUGGUGGUUGUACGUACCCUGCUUAAAUCCGCAAAUCAAGUUGUAUCAUGCACUUGCUUUACUUUGGGU